UAAAAAUUUCCAAAACAUCCCACCAGCAAAGAGAGAAAGAGAGAGAGAGCAGGUUCUUGCAACUUACUUAUAUCUUUGCGCAGUUUCGAAAUGGCGAAUAAAGCCCCGUUUAAGACAACUUUCGAAGCCACCGAAGUAAUUCGUCCCAUUUUUACAGGUGGCGCUGUCGCAUUGGAGAAUGGCGCACGAAUUCUCGCGACGACUCUUGGUGAGGAUGCGAUCUUGACCGACAUAAAAACAGGGAAACACAUCACGACAGUGGAAGGAGAUGGGGAAUCAAUAUCUACACUAACUUUAACUCCUUCGGGAUCCCACCUCAUUAUAUGUUCUCGCUCGUUAUCUAUGCGGAUAUAUGCCCUUAAGGCUUCCACCGAUUCGAUAGAACCUCAAUUGGUACGAACAGUGAAACCUCACACGACUCCCGUCGUUGUGCUCGCCGUCGAUAAAACUAGCACCCUCUUAGCGACUGGAGGAACCGAUGGUUCGAUCAAAGUUUGGGAUAUAAAUGGCGGUUAUGUUACACAUACUUUUCGAGGACCGAGUGUGCUUGUGUCUGCUUUACACUUUUUCGAACUCGCCGCGGGUUCGACAAGCGCUGUAGAAAACGACUCGAAGGACAAGGGUAAAAGAAGAAAAUCAAAGGGCGCAAUUGAAGACGAUCGAAAUGACGCGAGCUCCACGGCAAAAUUCCGGCUUGCCUCGGGAAGCCAAGAUGGAAAAGUCCGUAUAUGGGACUUACACAAGAGGAGCGUCGUUGCAAACCUCGACUCGCACGUUUCAGAUGUUCAAGGCCUGGACUACUCUCCCUCACAAAAUGUGCUGGUAACUGCUGGCAGGGACAAAACGGUCAGAUGGUGGGAUGCAAAGUCUUGGAAGAUACGGAAGGUUGUUCCGUGCUUUGAGCUUGUCGAGGCAGCUGGUUUUAUUGGGGAUGGCCAACUCACCUAUACUGCCGGAUCGAACGGGUGCUUACGGUUCUGGGAUACAGAAACUGGACGGGAACUCACAAAAGAGCAAGCGCCCAAGUCUGAGGUUGAAGCUUUUGUAGGAGCUAUCUACAGGCCAGAAUUCCCAUUCGUGAUCUGUGUUCAAGUCGACCACACGCUUUCUCUAUUUGACGUUCCUUCCGAUGUCCACAAGCAAUCCCAGCUACCGCCUCCUGAACCGUUCCGACGAAUUUCGGGUACCCACGACGAUAUCAUAGAUUUACGAUAUCUACUUCCAGACCAUUCUGCAAUGGCUUUAGCGACGAACUCCGAAGACAUCCGAAUAGUGUCCGUAACUGAGCCAAAGUCCGGGACGAAAGCUAUAGUAUCUUCCGAGUAUUUUGGACAAGAUAUUGCCCUCCUCAAGGGUCAUGAAGACAUCAUAAUAUCACUCGAUGUUGACUGGUCUGGACACUGGGUCGCUACGGGCGCUAAAGAUAACACUGCGAAGUUGUGGCGAGUAGACCCGGCUAAUAAUUCUUACAUUUGCUGGGCAACGUUUCCGGGACAUGCCGAAUCUGUCGGAGCUGUGGCAUUGCCUCGAAGUCGACCAGUGGAAGGUUCAAAGGCAUUUGCUGACCCACUAGGCCAUCCACCUUCAUUCUUAAUUACAGGGUCGUCAGACCAGACUAUAAAACGAUGGGAGGUCCCUAAAGAGCCCCAGCACGGUGCAAAGACGUCUAUCAGGGCUGCUUAUACCCGGAAAGCUCACGACAAGGACAUCAAUGCUAUCGAUAUUAAUCACGCAUCGCGCUUAUUUGCCUCGGCUUCCCAGGAUAAAACAGUGAAAAUAUGGUCGGUAGAAGAGGGAGAAGUGCAGGGUAUUCUCCGAGGUCACCGGCGAGGUGUUUGGUCAGUCAGCUUCGCCCCGCCUAGCACACCCGUGCUUCAGGGCGAGCAAGGGUCAGUUGCUGGGAAGGGUGUUAUACUUACUGGAAGUGGCGACAAGACACUCAAGCUCUGGAAUCUUACGGAUUAUACAUGCUUGAGGACAUUCGAGGGCCAUUCGGAUACGGUCCUCAAGGUAGUAUGGCUUAAUAUCCCGCCAAACGAAGAGCGUGGUAAAAAGCCUAUACUAUGCGCUAGCGCUGGAGGAGAUGGUCUAGUGAAAGUAUGGGACGUCAAUAACGGCGAGAACGAAUGCACAUUGGAUAACCAUGAGGACCGAGUCUGGGCACUUGCGGUACAUCCCGAGACCAAUAUGAUCGUAUCUGGUAGCGGCGACUCAACCGUCACAUUCUGGAAGGAUACUUCGAGCGAAACGCAGAUUGCUUCUAACGAGGCAGCACUAAAACGUAUUGAGCAGGAACAGGAGCUUGAAAAUUACGAAUACGUGGGAGCCUAUCGGGAAGCCAUAACAAUGGCGCUUCAGCUGAACCAUCCUCGCAAGCUUCAGAGUCUCUUCGAACGGGUAGUCCAUUCGAAGACAGCAGACCCGGAAAGCCUUUCCGGCUUAAAGGCGGUUGACGAGGUAUUAGCGUCCCUUUCGGACGAUCAAUUAUUCUUGCUUCUCCUGAGGCUGAGGGACUGGAAUACCAACGCCCGGACUGCACCUAUGGCUCAGCGCAUCCUCUGGGCUCUCGUAAAGAGUUACCCAGCAUCACGUUUCUCUAAUCUAUCUGUUAAGGGAGCCCAAGGCCAGAAGAGUGUAAAGGAGGUCUUAAACGCGCUUAAGGUCUAUACUGAACGGCACUAUAAGCGCAUGGAAGAGCUCGUCGAGGAGAGCUAUCUGGUGGAAUAUACCCUGCAGGAAAUGGAUAGUCUCGCGCCCAGUUUAAGUAGCAUGAAGUUGGUGGAGAAUGGUGAUAUGGAUGUGGUGAUGGCAUCUUAAUUAUAUAUAGCUUAGGUACCUACCUAGUUGUUUGAAUAUAUUGUACCCGGUUGGCAUUUCAAAAGUUA